UUUAUUUUUUAUUUUUUCCUUGGGGUCACUAGGUGGAUUGAGGUGUCUAUAAAUAGGGAGUUGUGGUAUGAGUUGUAGGCUAGUCUGUUCAGUUCUAUCCUCCUGCUUGAGUGUAUAAACAAAUUAACUUAUAAGUAAUUGGAUAAUCACUCAAAUUUUUUUUUGUGAGAGCUUAAAUUGAAGAUGGGAAGGCAACCUUGCUGUGACAAAGUUGGAUUAAAGAAGGGUCCAUGGACUGCUGAAGAAGACAAAAAACUUAUGAAUUUCAUCCUCACCAAUGGCCAAUGCUGCUGGAGAGCUGUCCCUAAACUUGCAGGACUCUUGAGGUGUGGAAAGAGUUGCAGAUUGAGAUGGACAAAUUAUCUAAGGCCAGACUUGAAGAGGGGGCUUCUCUCAGAAUAUGAAGAGAAAACGGUUAUUGAUCUUCAUUCUCAGCUUGGGAACAGAUGGUCCAAAAUUGCUUCUCAUCUGCCUGGAAGAACUGAUAAUGAGAUCAAGAAUCAUUGGAACACCCACAUCAAGAAAAAGCUGAGAAAGAUGGGGAUCGAUCCUCUCACCCACCAGCCAUUGCCCACUAACACGACAGAAAAUGAACCUCCUAAACCCCAGGCGGCACAGCCUGAAGUGGCGGUUCAGAACAAGGAGGAGGAGGAGGAGGAGGUGGUGGUGGUUGACAAUGACACCCCAUUGCAGUCAACAAUUACUGAUCAGGCUAAAGAUCGAGACAAAAACAUACCCACUAGCCCAUUUGAUUCAAUGGACGUCAAUAAUGACUUCUGCAUUGAUGAAAUUCCAGUAAUUGAACCCCAUGAAAUUCUUAUUCCUUGUGAAAAUUCAUCUCCAUCGUCAUCCUCUUCCUCAGCCGCCGCCUCCUCCUCCUCUGGCGGUGGCGGGUUCUCGUCCACUUUGCUUGAAGAUUUGGAUUUUCCCACAACGUUCGAUUACAACGAAAUCAUGAACAGUAUUUCAGACGAUGAUCUCAUAAGCAGUUUGGAUUUGUAUAAUAAUUGUGAUAGUAACAGCAAUUUAAUGGUGGAACCUCUGUUCCCUUUGAUGGUCUCAGAUGAAGAGUUUUGGAAGUUUGAUUUUUUGUAGAUUAUAUUUACAAAUGUAAUUUCUGAGUUUUCUGUUUCUAAAUCUAAUAAAGAACAAAGAUUAAACGGAGGCCAAAUUUAUCAAA